GCUGGGGGCGGAGCGUCUGAGCAGUGGGCAGGGUGGCUUUUAGGCUAGCGGUUGCUUGAAAAACGCCGCCGCCGCUAGGCCGGUGGCAAGCAGGCAAUGGCAGGGGACGUGUGAUCGUGGACAGUGAGAGGGCCAUUGCUAUCAUGCCCGGGCGCGCGGGCGCCGCCCGGUUCUGCUUGCUGGCUCUCACUCUGCAGCUACAUUGGCCGCUGGCGGCGUGCGAACCCGGACGGACUACAAGAGGAGGAAGUGAAGAAGGCGGCCCCCAGCUGCAGCAUGAUCUCAUAAUACCUCAGUGGUGGACUUCAGAAAGCCCCAGGAGAGGAAAGCAUCCACUCACAGCGGAGCUCAGGGUCACAGCCGAAGGGCGAGAGCUCAUCCUGGACCUGCAGAAGAAUGAGCACCUCUUUGCUCCGGCCUACACAGAAACCUGCUACAAUGCAAGUGGCAGCCCUCAGACCACCACGCUGAAAUCUGAGGAUCACUGCUUUUACCAUGGGACUGUGAGGAAAGCAGAAGAGUCCAGCGUCACGCUCAGCACCUGCCGGGGAAUUAGAGGACUGAUUAUUGUGAGCAGUAACCUCAGCUACAUCAUCGAGCCCGUCCCUAACAACGACAGCCAACACCGUAUUUACAGAUCUGAACAUCUCAAGCUGCCCCCGGGGAACUGUGGGUUCGAGCACUCCAAGCCCACCUCUAAGGACUGGGCCCUUCAGUUUACACAUCAGACCAAAAAACAACCUCGCAGAAUGAAACGGGAAGAUUUACACUCUAUGAAGUACGUGGAGCUUUACCUGGUGGCUGAUUACUCAGAGUUUCAGAAGAAUCGACAUGACCAGGAUGCCACCAAACACAAGCUUAUGGAGAUCGCCAACUAUGUUGAUAAGUUUUACAGAUCCCUGAACAUCCGGAUUGCUCUUGUGGGCUUGGAGGUGUGGACACAUGGGGAUAAGUGUGAAGUUUCCGAGAAUCCGUACUCUACCCUUUGGUCCUUUCUUAGUUGGAGGCGCAAGCUGCUUGCCCAGAAGAGCCAUGACAACGCGCAGCUAAUCACGGGCAGGUCCUUCCAGGGCACCACCAUUGGCCUGGCCCCCCUCAUGGCCAUGUGCUCUGUGUACCAGUCUGGAGGAGUUAGCAUGGACCACUCUGAGAAUGCCAUCGGUGUAGCUUCCACUGUGGCCCAUGAGAUUGGCCACAACUUUGGCAUGAGCCACGAUUCUGCUCACUGCUGUUCUGCCAGCGCAGCCGAUGGAGGGUGCAUCAUGGCAGCCGCCACUGGGCACCCUUUCCCCAAGGUGUUCAGCUGGUGCAACAGGAGGGAGCUGGACAGGUAUCUGCAGUCAGGAGGUGGGAUGUGUCUCUCCAACAUGCCAGACACAAGGACGCUGUACGGAGGCCGGAGGUGUGGCAACGGGUACCUGGAAGAUGGAGAAGAAUGUGACUGUGGGGAAGAAGAGGAAUGUACUAACCCUUGCUGCAAUGCCUCCAACUGCACUCUGAAGGAAGGGGCCGAGUGUGCCCAUGGUUCCUGCUGUCACCAGUGUAAGCUGGUGGCUCCUGGAACCUUGUGUCGGGAGCAGGUGCGGCAGUGUGACCUCCCUGAGUUCUGCACGGGCAAGUCUCCCCACUGCCCCACCAACUUCUAUCAGAUGGAUGGCACCCCCUGCGAGGGGGGCCAGGCCUACUGCUACAAUGGCAUGUGCCUCACGUACCAGGAGCAGUGCCAGCAGCUGUGGGGACCUGGAGCCCGGCCUGCCGUCGAUCUCUGCUUUGAGAAGGUGAAUGCAGCUGGAGACACCUAUGGAAACUGUGGCAAGGGCUUGAAUGGCAAAUACAGGAAGUGCAGCCCCAGGGAUGCAAAGUGUGGGAAGAUCCAGUGUCAGAGCACCCAGGCCCGGCCCCUGGAGUCCAACGCAGUGUCUAUUGACACCACCAUUACGUUGAAUGGGAGGCGGAUCCAUUGUCGGGGCACCCACGUCUACCGGGGUCCUGAGGAGGAGGAAGGGGAAGGUGACAUGCUGGACCCAGGCCUGGUGAUGACUGGGACCAAGUGUGGCCACAACCACAUUUGCUUCGAGGGGCAAUGCAGGAACACCUCCUUCUUUGAGACCCUAGGCUGUGGGAAGAAGUGCAACGGUCACGGGGUCUGCAACAACAACCAGAACUGUCAUUGCUUCCAUGGCUGGGCUCCACCUUUCUGUAACACCCCAGGAGAUGGCGGCAGCAUUGACAGUGGUCCUUUGCCCCCCAAGAGUGUGGGUCCUGUGGUAGCUGGGGUGUUUUCAGCCCUCUUCCUGCUGGCAGUCCUGGUGCUGUUGUGCCACUGCUACAGACAGAGCCACAAGCUGGGCAAGCCCUCCGCCCUCCCUUUCAAGUUGCGUCAACAGUUCAGUUGCCCCUUCAGGGUGUCUCAGAGUGGUGGAACUGGCCAUGCCAACCCAACUUUCAAGUUGCAGACACCACAGGGCAAGCGAAAGGUAAGGGUUUGGGUGACCAACACACCUGAAACUCUCCGGAAGCCCUCCCACCCUCCUCCCCGGCCCCCUCCAGACUACUUACGUGUUGAGUCCCCACCUGUGCCAUUGCCAGCACAUCUGAACAGGACUGCUGGGACCUCCCCAGAAGCUGGGGCUCAAGUAGAAAGGGAGGAGUCGGCCAGGAGGCCUCCCCCAAGCCGGCCCAUGCCCCCUGCACCUAACUGCCUACUGUCCCAGGAUUUCUCCAGGCCUCAGCCACCCCAGAAGGCACUCCCAGCGAACCCUGUGCCGGGCCAUAGGACUGUUCCUAGGCCAGGAGGUACCUCCCUGCUCCAGCCACCUACUGCCGGUCCUCAGCCUCCACGGCCUCCAGCAGUGUCUGUUCCAAAGCUUCCUGAGUAUAGAUCCCAAAGGACUGGAGGGGUAACCAGCUCCAAGAUCUAGAACUGUGUCCACAAGUUUCUUGUUUCACUUGAAGACUCCGGAUGCCAUGGAAGGCCCAAAGGGAAGAAGCCUGCUUGGCCACCUUCAAGCUUCUGUAGCCUUCUGGAACCCCCUCAUCCCCAGCAUCUCCUUUCUUGCCCUAGGACCUCCUGCUUCUCCUCCGAGGCCCAGUUGGACAUCUAUCUGAUGGCUUCCCAGUGUUGUCCUGUGCAAUAGACAACCCGGGUAGGAAAAGGAAGCGUGCGGAGGAGGGCAGGGGAGAGUCUUCCUCAGCCCACUAGCCAAGAGCUACCAACGAUGGUCAGGGAAGUCUCGAGCUGGGGGGUCCCCCUUCUGUGCCAAGCUUGGAGAAGGCAUCCUCCUGGGUCCCAUGCUGCCGGGUACACACGAGAGCUUCUGUGGAUUGGUUUCUCUCUCUGGGAUCCCAGGCUGCACAGAGGCGGGGUCUUACCUAUCUCUUAGCUUUCAGGGACUGAGGAAUCCACUGCUUCAUUCCUGCCCCAGGGCUUGGUCAAGGUGCCUGUUCCUGGCUAUGUGGCUGCAUGUGACAAGCCAUGCUCCCUUCCCCUGCCAUUCUUCACAUUCCGAUAUUUACACGGGUCACGCUCUGACUCAGACAGGUACUAUUUGUAGGCAGUGUAGACAGCAGGGGGGGAGUGGUCAGCCUGUGUCCCCUCUGAGCCAUGAUGCCAAAGGUUGCUAGGACUUUUAGAAUCCCCAGUGUCCCAUGUGUUGUCACCUUCUCCUCCUCUCCCAGCCUCCCUGUCCUAUGGUGCUUUGGUGGUGAACUACAGCAGUCCUGACUUGCUGGUGACUAUAUGCUUGUGACCUACAAAUCAGGAUCCUGCCUCAUGGGGUAGCCACUGGACUUCCUGCACUGGAUCUCAAGAGCAUUGAGCUGAGUGGGCUGUGUGUGUGUGUGUGUGUGUGUGUGUGUGUGUGUGUGUGUGUGUGUGAGAGAGAGAGAGAGAGAGAGAGAGAGAGAGAGAGAGAUAGCUCUGCAUGUAAUUGUGUUUUAUGGCUUCAAGCAGGAUAAGGGGCCUCCUCCUUAUAUCUGACCUAUAUCUAAAUAAGAUUCUCCAGGAAACCCACAGGUAUACUGAAGGGGCAGACAUGUUUAGAACUCCAGCUAUUAGGAAAGUAUACACAGGGGCAGUAGUCCCCGUGUCAGCUCUGAGAUGGGACUGUUGACUCUGAACAGAUCACCCACCUCUUUGGAAGCUGUCAAUAGCUAUGGUGAAUGAGAUCUGGGCAGGGGUCUCCAACUCUCUUCAACCAGGGUGUUACUGUGCACUUCCGUUGGUUUUCUCCUGGUUACAGCCCAUAUGUGAUCCUCAAGGAAAGAGCUCUGCGGAGGUGGGGAUGGGACUUGGGUGAACCCCAUUGUGCUUGGUGCUCUGUGCUUAGAACAGUUCCUACAUGUUUGCUGGGCCUGGCCUCCGAGAGAGGCCAUCUUCCACUCCCAAAAAAGGUGCUGCUAGCACUCCAGAUGGUCCUCUAGGGGCCUCCCCACCACCCGCAGCAAGCAGUUGUUAGCUCUUGGACUCCUCCAGAGGAAGAGGCGAGCUUUUCACUGCCCACUCACCACCUCAAGGCCUCCUCAUAGCUCUUCACAGAGUAAGCUCUUGGGAGUAUGGCCAAGCAGGAGAUGUUGAGUGCAUGGCUGAGGGUAGAAAGAUCUCAGGAAAACACCUUCUCCUCUUUGGGGUGACUAUGCUGUUCACACUCUGAUGAUCCCUGAGCCAUGAUCCAAAAGGUUCUUUGGACCUAGUUCCACCUCCUACCAUCAACUUUCCGUGUCUAUACUUCAGCAGAUGCCCAGCAACUACAGGUUGGGUCCUAAAGCCAGUGACCACCCUGAUGACUCUCACCACAAAGUUAGAACACACUUUCCUUAAACCCAACCCCAUACCUCCCGGAUGUUCUUGUGGGCAGUGCAGCCUUUGUCCCUCUGCUCAGGAGGCAGGUGGCUCUUGAGUUGACAGCGCCACAGAAACAGUAACAACAUAAGCCUUCUGAAACGGAAGUUUUCUGUCCGUUGAACCAUUACCAGAAAAAGACCCAUUUCCUUGCUCUUUGGUAAUCACUUCCUUUUUUUUCUUUUUCAUUGCUUUGAUAGCACCUCCAUCUUAUAGUUAUACUGUGAACUGGAAGAUGGCGGAAUUUUAAAAAACUUGGUAGGGAUGUUGGCAGCUACUCUACUCACAGCUCCGUUCCUCACCCUUGUUUCCAAGGGGCCAGGGUGGCUGCCACAGGUAGGCGCCUCUUCCCCUCUUCACUGUGAAGUGUCCCAUACAGAUAUAUCUAGUCUUCAAGGAC